UUCAUACAUGGCAAAGAUAUACCACGAAUACAAUCUCCGCCCUGUCAUAUAAGCGCACCAAAAAACAGCAAAUUUCUCUCCGUCAUUUCAGUUUCCUUUCUUCUGUUGGGGUUGAAAAGGGAGAACAGAGUCCGUCCAACCUGUUUCUCAUUUUUCUCUUCCUCAAUAGAACCCCCUCCCCCGACCUCUCCUCCUUCGUGAGAAUAAUCCGUCCCAAGAUUCCUCAAUCUUCAGUAGCGAAUCAAACAAAAAAAUAUAUAUUAAUAUAUUCAAUUUGGUAAACCGGUCUCAAAAAACUGCUUCUUUCUUUAUUCUCUUCCCAAAACGAAUCUAAUCUAAUCAUUCUUGUCUACCCAGUAGUCAAGAAUGCAUUUUUUUAAUACCCUUCUCCCCAAAACCGAAUCUUUUGCUCCUUCACUGUACCCAAAUUGCUUAGAAACAUGAAAGCUUAGCAACUUGGGUAUGUACUGAAUUCAUCCAAUUGAAGGGAAAGGCAAAAGAAGGGUUCCGUUCAUUUUUUUGAAGGUUUUGCAGAAAUGGGGGGAACAAAAAUGCAAUCUUUGCAGUAUAAGAGUGAUGGGUUUUCCUCAAAUUCUCAGUUCAGGUUUCAAUGGAGUCUCCUCCCAGAUGAUAAUUUAUACCCUGUUGGUGGCCUCUUUGCCUCGGUAGGCCAAGUGGGGAAUAUGGGUUUCGAUGUUUCUCCAAAUUCACCAAAUCCUCGAGGAGAAAAUCAAAAAGAUGGUUUCAAGCUGCCUUGCACUGAUUUAUAUGUGAAAUAUGUGUCAUCUCCUGAGGGGUUUAAAAUCGUGGGCAUUCCGGAGGAGGAAGGGGCGGUUAAGAAGAAGAAGACUGGGCUUAAACUUAAAGUUAAGGUCGCAAAUCCUUCAUUGAGGAGGUUAAUAAGCGGAGCAAUUGCCGGUGCUGUGUCCAGGACUGCUGUAGCUCCAUUGGAGACAAUAAGAACUCAUUUGAUGGUUGGGAGUAGCGGGCAUUCUGUUACUGAGGUGUUCCAUAAUAUAAUGGAGCAUGAUGGAUGGAAAGGAUUGUUUAGGGGCAAUAUGGUUAAUGUGAUUCGAGUUGCGCCUAGCAAAGCCAUUGAGCUAUUUGCUUAUGAUACUGUCAAUAAGAAUCUGUCACCCAAAUCAGGGGAGCAGCCCAAGCUUCCUGUACCCGCUUCAUUAGUUGCAGGAGCCUGUGCUGGAGUCAGUUCAACAUUGGUGACCUAUCCACUUGAGUUAGUCAAGACACGAUUAACCAUCCAGCGAGGAGUUUAUGAUGGUUUAUUUGAUGCAUUUAUCAAAAUAUUGCAAGAGGGUGGACCUGGAGAACUCUACAGAGGUCUUGCUCCAAGUCUCAUUGGAGUGAUUCCGUACGCUGCAACCAAUUACUGUGCUUAUGAUACAUUACGAAAGGUAUACAGAAAAGUUUUCAAACAGGAGAGGAUCGGGAACAUAGAAACCCUGCUAAUUGGAUCUGCAGCUGGUGCCAUAUCAAGUAGUGCUACCUUCCCUCUUGAGGUGGCCCGAAAACAGAUGCAGGUUGGAGCUGUCAGCGGGAAACAAGUCUACAAGAAUGUGCUUCACGCUAUUGCUAGCAUACUUGAACAGGAAGGAAUCCAAGGUUUAUAUAAAGGGCUCGGACCAAGCUGUAUAAAGUUGGUGCCUGCGGCAGGAAUUUCUUUCAUGUGUUAUGAAGCAUGCAAGAGAAUAUUAGUUGAGGAAGAAGACAAGGGGUAAAAGCACUGAAUUUAGAGGAAGGAAUAAAAAAAGUGCUCUCCAUACAUCCCAAUAAAUACAUAUGAAAGCUAGGAUACAGGUUUUCUUCAUACUAAAUUGACUGGUGUUCGGCAUUUUUCCUCCGUCUGUGGUCUUUAUCUUGGAGGAUUAGCUUAUUCGUUUAGUUUGUAGGAUGAGAGGAGUGAUGCUCUCAAGGACCUUUGCGAUGUUUUGAUUCUUGUUUUCCUGGUUUAAAGAAUCAAAUUUUGAACAUUAAGUUGCGGAAGAUCAAGUGCACUAACCUUGUCACAUUUGCGAGUUCAGUGAAGAAGUUCUCAUGGUUUUCAACACGCCAAGUUCUAAUACAAUCUGGUAAAAUAGUCUUGGCUGGCUGCUGUCUUCUCAAUCUUCACCUCUGGAGGAUUGACAUAUUAUUAACUCCUGAGGCUGUGGAUGUCUGAACGUCUCGAAAGGGAAUUCCUUCUCUCUCUCUGUCAGCUUCAUUGCUCGAAGCCUUGUUAGUGAUGUGACUAUCACCAUCACAUUUGAAUAGGUUACCUUAGUUUUUUUUUUUUCUAACAAAAAGAGAAAGCUUAGUAUAAAAAUGAAAAUGAUUUGGAGAAGGAAAUUGAUCCUCUCUUAACGUUUCUA